GUCCAUUAGUGAAUGGGAUUCUUCCAAAAGACCAAAAAUCAACCCAUCACUCGCCGGACACCCAAAAUACGGUACAUCAGCCAUCAAAUCGAAAUCGAUCGUCGAAAUCUACUGGUUGACGAUGUUUACUUUUUCGGUAGGUAUGGCACUUCAUGGACGCCACCACUGGAUUUGUAAGCAUCCAUCCUACCCAAAAUGAUUUUGAGCGGCUGGAGUGAGAUACUCGUCUUCUCAAUCGUGCUUCCACUGGUCGUAACGCCAUCCUCGACAAUCGCCUUCACCUCUGAUGUGAACUACAGCACGAGGAGGAUUUGCCGUGCAACGGGUAAGAAUUCUUUUUCAUCUGCUUUGGCAGCCGGGGGGUUCGGCAAAGCGCCCGCACCGUCUUCGAAAAAGAAGAAGAAGAACAAAAAGAAACAAAAGCAAAUGGAGAAUGCUGUUCCUCCGUACAUCCCAUACGACUCAUAUCCCAACAAUGUUGCUUCCGGUGCCAACGAUUCGGGAUCUCCGUCGACCAAACAACAAACAAGUGACUUUCUAGAUUGGCUGGAGGAAGAGGAAAUAGAGGGACUGGAUGGGGUGGAGAUUGGUUUUUCAAAACUAGGUACCGAGAUCGGUGCAAGCGACAACGACACCGCAGACGACAAUUUUCUAAGGGGUGUCUUUGCACGACAAAACUUUCGGGCCGGAGAGUACAUCAUGGCGGUCCCCUUUGUAUCGACCAUUCUGUUGGACGAGGAAUUCGAUGCGACCCGCAAACCCGGUGAAACCGUGCUCCGAGCCGAUGCCCCCGAGAUCGGCCUCCACCUCUUGAAAACCAUAAACGAAUCGAACUUCGGUGGGAAUUUCCGGGCCUUUUUGGAUUGCCUGCCGACGUCACCGGACGAUCCAAACUUCGACGCAACCCCCGACUUUUGGUCGGAAAAGGACGUCCGGAAACUGGAAAUACCGGGGGUAAUCGACAGCAUGCUGUCUCGAAAGGCAUCCAUCGCGGCUCUCUCGGCCGACCAGAGUGAACCGGGGGACGCUCCUACCCUUCGGCAGUGUUGUUGGAUGGUCCAGUCGCGGGCCUUCACAACAUACAAAAAGGCGGUGGACCUCCUCGGGAACGAGGGGCUCCUGUCCCGGGUGGUCCUGAUCCCGUUCAUCGACAUGAUCAACCACGGCUCCCGGGGUACCGCAAACGCCGAGAUGCAGGUGGUCGAAACCAAGGAGUACGACGAGUCCUUUUACGCCCUGGUGGCCACCAAGCCCAUCCGCAAGGGGGAGGAGGUCCGGCUGUGCUACGGGACGGGAGAGGAAACGGCUCUGGAACUCUUCUGCAAGUACGGGUUUCUGCCGGGCGUGGACGAUCCGGACAAAGAACGGAAAGCCCUGGGAAAGCUCCUGGAGGGCGUCGAGUGGAGCACUACCCUGGAAGAAGACCGGGCCAUGCUGUCGACCGACGAAGGCUCCAGGGAACCCAUGCGAACGAUUUUGUCGAUCCGAAUCUACGCCAAGAGCCUCUUCGCUUGAGCGGUGCGACUUGCACUCGCAACCGCGGCGUCUAGAUCAUCCAAUAACAUUUGUCGUCCAAU